AUAUUACAGAUAUAUAUAUAAAAUCACAACUGACCGCUAAAGUGAUGGGUUAAAAAUGAAGCUUUUUAAACUAAUUGUACAUCAAAAAAAUUUUAGUGGUGAAGAUUUAAUAAUUAAUCCCAAAGAUUAUCCAGGCAUAAAAACUGGAGAUGUCGUUGAAAUUUAUCAUCCUGAAGAUGAGUUCAGCCGCUUACUCUUACAAGUUACAUCUUUCAAAGAAGAUCUUCAGGGACGAGAAACAAUUAGUGUUGAAAAUAAUGUAGCGACGAUGUUUCAAUUAAGAACUUUUGCUGAUGUUUAUAUGAAUAUAGUAAAUCCAGAAGAUGUAGCACUGGAUUCGGUUGAAUUAACAUUUAAAGAUCAAUAUAUGGGACGCAGUGAAAUGUGGAGAUUAAAAAAUAGCUUGGUGAAUACUUGCGUUUAUAUGAAUAAGAAGAUAGAAUUUUGUGGAGGUAGCAUUCGAUGUCAAGUAUAUGAAAUGUGGUCUCAAGGUGAUAGAGUUGCUUGUGGUGUUAUUACUGAUGACACUAAGGUAGUCUUUCGUUCUUCAACAAGUAUGGUUUAUCUUUUUAUUCAAAUGAGCUCAGAAAUGUGGGAUUUUGAUAUUCAUGGUGAUCUUUAUUUCGAAAAAGCAGUAAAUGGAUUUUUAGCAGACUUGUUUCAAAAAUGGAAGAAGAAUGGUAGUAAUCAUGAAGUAACAAUAGUUUUGUUUUCAAGAACAUUUUAUAAUGCCACGAGUUUAGAAGAAUUUCCAGAUCAUAUGAGAGAGUGUUUACAACAUGAUUAUAGAGGUCGAUUUUAUGAAGAUUUUUAUAGAGUAGCGGUACAGAAUGAAAGAUAUGAAGAUUGGAGUAAUGUAUUGGUACAAUUACGUAAAUUGUUUACUGAUUAUCAAAAGUUUGUAUUGGAAUAUCACCAAAGACCAGAUGUUAGUAUGCCAAAAGCAAUAAAUUCUACAGCAGCACAAGGAAAUUUUUUAGAAGUUUUGAACAUGUCAUUAAAUGUUUUUGAAAAACAUUAUCUUGACCGUAGUUUUGAUAGAACAGGUCAAUUGUCAGUUGUAAUUACUCCUGGAGUAGGUGUAUUUGAAGUUGAUAGGGAAUUGACAAAUGUUACUAAACAAAGGGUUAUUGAUAAUGGAGUAAACAGUGAUUUAGUUUGUGUUGGAGAACAACCAUUGCAUGCAGUUCCUUUAUUAAAGUUUCAUAAUAAAGAUACAUCUAUAAAUGCACCAGAUGACUACAGUAUGCCUCAUUGGAUUAAUCUUAGUUUUUAUUCAACAAAUAAAAAAAUACCUUAUUCUACCUUUAUACCACGCAUAAAAUUGCCUCAAAAGGUGUCAAAACAUUCUAUGGACAAUGGUAGAUUAAAUUGUAAAACUAAGCUUUUACAAGAAGACCCUAGAGAAUGCUUGCAUAAUUCUUUAUUUGAUUAUGAUGCUUAUGAUGCUCAAGUUUUUCAAUUGCCACAUGUUCAUACUUCAAGUAGUUUGCAAAGAGUUACUACAAGAACUAAAAAAACAAGUGUGGCAUGCAUUGAGACUCAUAAUAAUGCUCACAUAUUAAAGCUUUUAAAACGUAAAAUGUCAGAUCCUGAUAUUCAUCAUCCAUCACCUGAAACACAUGCAUUAAUACCAGCAGCCGCAAGAAGUGCUGCAAUCUCUAUACCCCAUCGGACAGAAAGUGUCGAAAAUAACGAUUCUAAUGAGGAAACAAAUGUAUCAAGAACAUCUAUCAAAAGUGAUAUAACCGAUUCUGAAAUAUCACCACCAUUCAGACCAGUUGUUGGAAGUGCUGGUAGUCCAACUAAUUCAAUUUCCCAACCUGCAAAUAUAGUUAGACCUAGCAGAGCACUUAUUAAUCCUUUUGAUCCCUCACAUGUUACUAUAAAAUUGACCAGUAAUAGGCGCAGAUGGAGCCAUAUUUUUCCUAAAGCAAUAAUUUUAGGUCCAACGGGUGUUUUGAUACAACAACAUCACUAUCAAGCUGUUCCCGCACAGUCACAUCCUGAACCCCAGAGUGAUACUACUUCAACAUUGAGUGGAUCUCCUAUGGAGCAAAUUACAACUACUAGCAAUCCACAUCACAUAUCAAGAUCAGCUUCUCAAAUUGGAUUUCAAGAUCAUACAAAAGGGAAGUUUCAGCGCAUAAAUUUGAUAGGUGGAGAUAGAGUAUCAAAUACUAAUUCAUCUGGAACUAAUAAGAGUUUAACUCUUUUAUGGGGUGCCACUGGUGAACAGGAGUGGACACCAGCACUUACAACAGCAAUCAUAGGUGUUGAUUGGAAGUCAUUAACAAUUCCAGCUUGUUUGCCUAUUACUACAGAUUAUUUCCCAGAUAAAAGGAGUUUACAAAAUGAUUAUGUAGUUUCGGAUUAUAAUCUGUUACCAGAUGAUGUAAAUGCGGAUUUUGCACAACAACGAGCUGUUUAUAAAAAACCUUUAACAACUGCAGAAGUCUUUAAAGAGCUCGUUUCACAGAGAUUGGCUCAAGGUUUUCAGCUAAUAUUAUUACCACCUAUCAAUAAAAAUCAAAAUAAUACUUCUGGUAGUGGUACAGCUGCACCCAUAAGUUCUGUAAUGCGAGGAAGACAAGCAGAAUCUGAACCAAAAGAAGAAUACUUGCUUAGCAUUGGUCGAAUUUUUCAUAAAAUAUCUCUUUAUGGUAACUCUAUAACAGUUACAAGAUACAGACCAAGGCACCCUUAUCCACCAUUUAAUAUCCAUUAUCGAUAUAGAUUUCAUGCUCCUCAUCAUGAUACAUAUGAAGUAUCAUGGGUAUCUUUUACAACAGAGAAACUUGAAAAUUAUAAUUGGAACUAUUUAGAUCAUUAUAUAUGCACAAGAGGACAUACUGAUUUUGCUUUAGUAGAGACUCUUAAAUAUUGGAGGUUCAGAGUAUUCUUGCUGCCAAUGAACAAUUUUGCAACUCGAAAAAUUUUGGAAGGUUCAUCAAAGUGCGAUAUAUAUACACCAGCUUCUGCAGCUGAGCAAGCUUCUCUUAUGGAUGGAUUUUUACGUUUUAUAGAAGGAUGGUUGAAUAAAAUACGACGUCCGCAUCCUAAUAAAAAUUGGCAUGCUAUGUUUCAGACCCCCACAGUUCUAAGUGGUGUUCCUCCAAGAGACCCUGCCUCUCAUUUGACCAGACGCAGGCACAGCACGAGCCUAAUAUUCCUCACUAACCAGACCAGUCUAGUCAGCAGCUCUCCCUUUAGAGAACGACUUGGAAGCAACCGUCUACCAGAGAAACCACGACCAAGAUCUGGUUCAAAAGUAAUGGAUAGAGGAAGAGUUUCCCCUGCAAGUGAAGCAGUUCUUCCUCUUGCUUUGGAGCAACAACAACAAGAUCACUUUGAAACUAAUGAGGAUAGUGCUAACAUGGAAUUAACAAAGUUGAAAAGUAAUGCUACAAAUGCAGAAAUUUUAGAAGCUAUGAAACAUCCACAAACUGGAGUAGGAUUUCUUACACAACAUCCAUCUUUACCAAGUCAAACUUUUGUUAGUGCUGAUGCAGUUCAAUGGUUAAGUAAUAAUACAGAGGGUGGUGUUACUGUAGAAAGUGCCAUCAAUACUAUAAAAGGAAUGAUUCAAGAAACGCUUAUUUGUCAUGCAUCUGGAGAUUUUUCUAAACCUUUUAUAUUAGGAUUUUAUUUGUAUCAUAUAGUUCAGGAUAAGGAAAACCAAAAAGCUGCGGAUUAUUCGCCACCUUUGGGUGAUCUUCAAAGUUUUGAAAAUGAGUGGGUGGAAGUUGAAAUGAAAGCUCCCAAAGGUUGGUGUGAACCAACUACUACAACUACUACUACAACUACUACUACUACUGCUACUGCUAUUAGUACUACUACUACUACUACUACUACUACUACUACUACUACUACUACUACUACUACUACUACUACUGCUACUACUACUAUUACUACUACUACUACUACUGCUGCUGCUGCUGCUGCUGCUGCUGCUGCUGCUGCUGCUGCUGCUGUUGCUGCUGCUGCUGUUACUGCUACUACUGCUACUAAUUUACCAACAGUAUCAUCUCCUAUAUCUAUACCCAAUUAUGAUACUGUUGAUGAAUCGAAUGUACCACUAUUUUUAAGGGAUGAUCUAGAUUUAACAAAUUUCUUGGAGGAAAAAGAUUUGAACGUACCACCGUAUAAACACACACAUCUAGAUAUUGAUAUCAAUAAUAAAAGUGAUAGAAUAGAGUGGGGGCAUCUUAGGUAUCAAUCUGUAUAUAUGAUCGAUCAUUCUUAUGAACUUGUAGUGCAAUGGGUAGCUUCGUCUGGUAGUAUUGUAGCUGAUCUUAUAUUCAUCUGGCAACGCAAGGCUCAAAUGUGCGGAAUUCAAAUGGUACCAAUUCCAAGUGAUUUGUUAGCUUUACCAUUUACUUUAAAGAGUGAUCCUUUAAGAGGUCCUAUUUUUAUACCACUCGAUACAGAAUGUCUUAUGGGAAAUAAAAAAUUUCUAUUUGAAGAAUUUCGUGAAGAUACAUAUGCUCAGAGAUUAUUCUUAUUUCAAGAGGCCAUAUUACGAAGAUUUGGUUUCAUACCAUGUUUGAUUGAAAGUUCUGAAAAUGAUCAUCAAUACGUUCAUGUGACUGGAAAUGCUUUUAUACUUGUACCAUCCACAAAAACUACCAGACCACGUCAACGUACUGGCACUAAUAUAGUAAGACGAAGUACGGGACAAAAAAGAUAUCCAGUACAUCCGGAGCAACUAAGUCCACAUGAAGCAUAUAUCACACGUCAUGUUAGUGGGAAAAGUAAAGAUGAUUAUAAUGUAGAUAGACGUAUGGGAUUUCUUUGGUCAUGGAAUCAUAUGAUUAGUCGAAAGUGGAAAUCAUUAUCCACUUCAGCUGGCGAUGAAUUGUUUCAAAAGAAAAUUAUUCAAGAUUUUAAACACUUUUGUUCAAAUGGAGAUAAUAGGUUGAAGCAAUUUUGGGAUUCUUGUUGGGAGUUGAAAGAAAAAAGUUGUACAUAUUUAAAGUAGUAAGAGGCAUAGAAUUAAGUUUUAUUAAAAAUGUAAAAAAUGAAUUUGUGGAUAUAUCAUUCAAGAGCUUUAAUAAUAAUUAAUAUCCGUUGAUUAUUUUUACUAUGAUCACGUGACUAGAUCUCCCGUACUAUUCCGAUUAUUGGUAAAUAAAUAAUAAAUAAUGAAUUUUAGCUGUGAUCUAAUUAUUAAGUCUUAAAAAUGAGAUAUAACGAUGAAAUAAUAAAACAAAUAGUGUUAACUUAAUUUUUAAAAAAAUAAUUUUUAUAAAACACUUUUUUUUAUAUUUUGUGGCAAGAAUAUUGUCUUAAUACAAUUAUCAAUUCUACUUCUUAUUUUGUUAUAAUAAUAGAUAUUUAUAUACGUAUAUUGUUAAGUGAAAUAAACAUGUGUUAAAUCA